AUGGACAAGGAAAUCCAGCUGGCCGAGCUGCCUCUCACGCAGCUGUGCGCAAUUUGCCGCACGUGCUCGCUAGCCUGCUCCAAACGCCAUAAGCUAUGGUCACAAUGCUCUGGCGUCCGAGACCCAGCUGAAUACCUCAAGAGAAACGAAUUGGCCACACCAGCUGCAUUUGACAAGGACUUCAACUUCCUCACGAGCAUUGAAAGGUCACUCGAGCGUGCCGAAGUCGAUGCCGAAACCCGAGGAAUCGAUCUCGUCCCCAACUCUGAUCCCGAUGGAGGCAAGGCAAAGCAACGGGGUGAUAUGGCGCGAGGCGAGCUGCCCUUGCAGCGUGGCAUGGAGAACAGUGGCGUGCGCAUUGUCAAAGCUCCAAAGGGAAUGACGCGGAACAAAUUGAAUACAUCCCAUUGGCAUAGAAACCGCCUGAACGAUGAGAAGAUCGCAGAGCCUCCGGCGAAAAAGAGGAAAGUAUCCAUUGAAAAGAUCGUCAGGGACGGUGCCAUUGAUCCAGUGGAAGCAAGCACAGUCACAUCUUGCACUCUUGAAGGUUCUGUAAGCGUGGAAGAGAAUGAUGAUCCCGUCCCAGACGACGUAUCUUCAUCUAAAACACUGAGCCCCGGGCCUGCAUUGCCGUCCGCAAACGAAAGCGAGGCCCCCUUAACGCCGCUACCAGUAGCUCUAACACCCACAUCUCCACCAGCACCCGAAGAUAACCCUCCUACUAACGAUGAUGGCUCAUCAACAACACUACAUAUAUACCUGCACAGGCCGCAGACAUGCGCCAAAGUCCCGGUUCUCAUACCGGUAACAGACCAGUCAAUGGCCUUGGGAGCGGUACUUCGCGACAGAACUGUCCUCGAGUUCCCCACUUUUUAUGUGCUUGAGCAUUCUCCAGAUCAGAUAUCAGGUGAGAAGUAUUUGUUGGAAGAGCAGUACGUAACUCAGUACAAAGAUGAUAUCGACCCAGACGGUUCUGGUGAAGAAGGGGAGAUAGAUGAAGAAGAGGAAAGCGAAGAAGCAAAAAGACUCGCUGAGCUAAAUGCUCUAAAGGUAAUGGAAGUACUCAGGAGAGACUUGGAAGCAAAUGUUGCAUCAUAUUUUGAAUAG